AUGAUCAGAACACUGUUUGGGAGCCGUAAAGGUGUUGUGCAGCGGUACACGGAGGAUUUGGUGCGGAUCGCCGCGCAGAUCGAGGACGUCGAGCAGCAAUUGAAGAGUCUGGACAGGCGGGUUUCCCGUUGGCGGAGGUCUGUGUCCUCCUACGGGGCGUCGCUGACGGCACUGUACGCAUCGUACAUGUACUACACGUCCGGUGCCCAAUGGAUGUUGGCCCUGGCGGCUUUGCUGGCCGGAACACUAGUGCUCGUGCUUUACAAUCUCGGGAUGCGCAGUGGGGCAGGGUGGAUCCGGUCUUACAAGAUGCGGCGGCUUGCACAGCUUAGGGGCAAGCACGAGUCGACCGUGGACAAGUUGAAGGAGGAGACACAGUUUAACGCGACGAGUUCGUUGCUACAACGGUUCCAGAACGGCGACGACGCUCUGCAAGUGGUUGACACGGAGCUGUCAUUGAAGUACGACGAGUUGCAACAACUCAAGGACGAACUCACGCAAUUGCAGACGGGGAAACAACAGGCAACGAAGGAACAGAACGACGUGUGGUUCGAUAAAGUGAUCGGGUUGCUUGCGGGAGGCAACGACGUCCAGGGGAUGCCGCACAUUGAGAAAGUCGUCUGCCCAGAGUGUGACAGAUUUGCAGGGUUGUACAGGCUGCCCAAGGGCGACUGGCAGUACAUGUGCCCCUUCUGCAACCACCGCACACCGAGCCACGACGUCGAGGGAGCCACGGCUGAGGAGGAGACGGAAUAA